AGAUGACAGAGGACGGGACUAGAGUGUGGAGAUCAAGAGGAGAUCAACUGGAGGUGAAGAUUAAGACUGGACUAGUCUGCUGUACUGUACAUUUCUGGAUCUGUUUUAGUGGACUCAGAGAGAACAAUGUUGCAACAAACAGAUACUCCUGAGACUGUGCGUCUUUCUGACUCCAUUAAUGAUGAAGAGAUAAAAUACGUGACGGUGAGGAAGACUUUGAUUAAGGAGUGGCUGAACAGUCUGGAUAUCUACUGUGAACUAGAGGAUGUUCCUAACAUAGCAUUGCUGGGGUCAGGUGGAGGUGACAGGGCAGCAGUGAGCAUGCUGGGAUCUCUGCAUCAGCUAGAACAGGACAACCUGCUGGGCAGCCUCCUCUACAUGUGUGGAGUGUCAGGCACCACCUGGUGCAUGUCAUCCCUGUACAGCGAUCCAGAUUGGUCGCUGAAUAAGCGUUGUGAUGAGGUGAUAAAGAAGAUGACGGGUCCUACGAUGGACUUGAAGAAGGCUGUGGACUGGCUGAUAAUGCGGAAAGACAGCGACCAGGACUUCAGCCUCACUGACUUCUGGGGCGUCUUCACUGCCUGCUAUUUCAUGAAUGAGAUGGACACUCGCUGUCUCUCUGACGAUGCUCACAGGGACAGCAUCAACCCCUACCCCAUCUACAGCGCCAUAGAACUGGACUGCUACAGACAGGAUGACACUAAAGCGGUGUGGUUUGAGAUGACCCCCCACGAGAGCGGCUUCUCCGGAUUGGGCGCUUUCGUCCCCACUUCCUGUCUCGGGAGCCGGUUUAAAGGCGGGACUCUGAUAGAGAAGAGCAUGGAAAUGGACAUGGUUCUGCUUCAAGGUAUCUGUGGGAGUGCCAUUGCAGACACAAAAGGGAACAUUGCUGAGGUAGCAAACAAAAUCUGGGGCUUAUUUGAAGGGCACGAGAGCAUGAUGUUGAAAGAGAACAUGAAUAUGGUUGAGAGAAGCGGGAAGGUAAAGGUGUGUGAGUGUGUGCCCUCCCGAGUGGUGAGGUUUGUGUUUGAGCUGAUCAAGUACGCUGAGGACCCAGAUCCACUGAAGACAUGGAAAGUCAUCACCACACUGAGACAACUACUGGAAGGUCUUGUGAGCAGUAAGGGCGAGAUGCUGUGGAACAUGGACCCUGAGAGCUGGAAGAGAACCAGCCUGGUGGAGAGAAAGAAGUUCAUAGAGACAGUCAGUCUGGAGCUCAUCCUCUCCUCAGACAGCUGGGCAAAAGACUGGAAGGACCAGCGCUGCAACUGCAAUGAUUCAAUCUUUUGGAUUGUACUGAUCUUUUUCCAUCUGCUCAUUGAAUGGAAAUGGGGAACCACAUCCAACUUCCUCUUUGAGAUCAAAGAUGCUAGAGUUCCGGAGAGCAUGCGACUCAAAGAGAAGAUUCACCUGGUAGACGCUGCAUUAAAGAUCAACUCUCCCUACCCCCCUGUCCUGCGCACUUCCAGGAAGGUCGACCUCAUCAUCUCCUUGGACUUUAGCGAAGAAGACCCAUUUGAGACGGUGUUUAGUGCCAAACAGUAUGCGGAUGAGCUGAAGCUUCCCUUUCCCCCAGUGAAUGACGAUAUAAGGAAGGAGAAAGACCAUCCUCAGGACUGCUACGUUUUUGAGGGGCAACACACUCCCACCAUCAUGCACAUGCCCCUGUUCAACCUGCAGAACUGCCAUGACGAGGACGAGAUUAAGAAGGAGAGGGAGAAGUACAAAACAUUCCAGCUUCACUACGGUGCGCCGGAGAUCGACCACCUCCUGAAGAAGGCCCAGGCCAACAUGAGGAACAACAGAGACAGGAUCCUGGAACAGAUCAUUAUGGCCAUCCAACGCAGAAAGAAGCGCAUGUCAGUGGCUCAAUAGUUUUUAUCAGUGGUGGAAAGUAUCUGUACUUUACUAUUAAUACUUGACAACUUUUACUU